UACUGCGCGUCUCAUAACAAACUUGUGCUGGUAAAACUUUGAUAAGCGCCGUUAAAUGUCCGUCACAUGAUUUCACAGCGUGUGCCGCUCACCAGCUCUCCACAUGUCUGACGACGGAGAAGAAAGCGACGGCGGAGACCGAGCGCGGGUCUCCGAGUCUCCCUCCCCGCCUCCGUCUGUCUGUCCUCCAGGAGGACCUCUGUCCUCCUUGCGGCCCCGAGACCUCUGCUCCUCCACCUCUCCGUUACUCGGGGACACAGACCCGCCUUUCCUUGCCUCACCGGACUGCCUUCACGCGUCUCUGGAGAACCUGGACCAGGGGAAACCACCGCACUUAACGCCGCCAGAGUCCCGUCAGCGCCAGGGAGACACCUGCUUUGUUUCACGUCAGGAUGCGCGUCUGGAAGCGGCGCACAACCGGUACGAUGAUGAUCCGCUUCCCAAGUGGCGAGAAGGAGUCGCGGCGGCGCCCGCUGACCGUUUUCAGCACGACGGACAGCUCCGUCGUGCUGCGGAGCUGUCGGACUGCGAGAACCACUUCACCGAACCGGUACACAUAGAACCCAAGCCCAGCUCCGAGUCCAGGCAAACGGUUGACGCCAUGCAGCGACGCCACACCACACUGAGGGAGAAGGGGCGUCGUCAGGCAGUGCGAGGUCCAGCCUACAUGUUCAAUGAACGUGGUUCGCCGCUCACUGCAGAGGAGGAGCGUUUCCUGGAUGCCGCUGAAUACGGAAACAUUCCUGUCGUCCGCAAAAUGUUAGAAGAAUCCAAAACUCUUAACUUCAACUGUGUGGAUUACAUGGGCCAGAAUGCGUUGCAGUUGGCAGUUGGCAAUGAGCACUUGGAGGUGACUGAGCUGCUGCUAAAGAAGGAUGGGCUGGCUCGGAUUGGAGAUGGCUUACUGUUGGCAAUCUCUAAGGGUUAUGUUCGCAUUGUGGAAGCCAUUCUGGCACACCCCGCUUUUGGCGGAAGUCUCCGGUUGGCUGUAAGCCCCCUGGAGCAGGAGAUGCGUGACGAUGACUUCUAUGCCUAUGAUGAAGAUGGCACUCGGUUUUCACAUGACGUCACACCCAUCAUCCUGGCUGCUCAUUGCCAGGAGUAUGAGAUCGUCCAUAUCCUUUUGACUAAGGGGGCUCGCAUAGAACGGCCGCAUGACUACUUUUGUAAAUGCUCAGAAUGUAUAGAGAAGCAGAAAAAGGACUCUUUCAGUCACUCCCGUUCCAGGAUGAAUGCAUAUAAGGGUUUGGCCAGUGCAGCUUAUCUGUCACUCAGCAGUGAAGACCCUGUGCUGACCGCACUCGAGCUCAGCAAUGAACUGGCAAGGCUAGCUAACAUCGAGACAGAGUUCAAGAAUGAUUACCGUAAGCUGUCCAUGCAGUGUAAGGACUUUGUGGUGGGUGUAUUGGACCUUUGUCGGGACACCGAAGAGGUGGAGGCCAUACUGAAUGGUGACGUUGAUCAGUGUGUUCCCAGCCCUUAUAACCGGCCCUGCCUCAGCCGUGUCAAACUGGCUAUCAAGUAUGAAGUCAAGAAGUUUGUUGCUCAUCCCAACUGCCAGCAGCAGCUGCUGACUAUCUGGUAUGAAAACCUGCCUGGUUUGAGGCAGCAGUCUGUUGGUGUGAAGUGCUGGACAGUACUUGGUGUCACUGUUGGGCUGCCCUUCCUCGCUAUCUCGUACUGGAUCAUGCCCUGCAGCAAGCUCGGUCAGAUCCUACGAAGCCCCUUCAUGAAAUUUGUGGCUCACGCUGUCUCCUUCACUAUCUUCUUGGGUCUGCUAGUCAUGAACGCCUCAGAUCGCUUUGAGGGGGUCAAGAACCUGCCCAACGAGACCAUCACAGACCACCCCCGGCAGGUGUUCAGAGUCAAAACCACACAGUUCUCCUGGACGGAGAUAUUGAUCAUGAAGUGGGUGUUGGGUAUGAUAUGGUCAGAGUGUAAGGAGAUCUGGAGCGAUGGCCCCAGAGAGUAUGUCUUACACCUUUGGAACGUACUUGAUUUCGGCAUGUUGUCUGUCUUCGUGGCAUCCUUCACGGCCCGCUUCAUGGCUUUUCUUAAGGCGUCCAAAGCCCAGCAGUAUGUGGACAUGCAUGUGCCAGAUGAAGAUAUCAGCAAUGCCUCAUUACCGGAUGAAGUGGCCUACUUCACAUACGCUAGAAAUAAGUGGCGUCCAUCAGACCCACAGAUCAUCUCAGAAGGCCUUUAUGCCAUUGCUGUGGUGCUGAGUUUCUCACGCAUCGCCUACAUCCUGCCAGCUAACGAGAGCUUUGGACCACUUCAAAUCUCACUUGGGCGCACGGUGAAGGACAUCUUCAAGUUCAUGGUCAUCUUCAUCAUGGUGUUUGUGGCCUUCAUGAUUGGCAUGUUCAACCUGUAUUCAUAUUACCUGGGAGCCAAGUACAAUCCUGCCUUUACCACGUGA